CAUCUUUGAGGGUGUUCUAGGCCUCUCAAGUACAUAUUCCCGCCACAACCACCACAGAGAUACUUGCAGAUUGGCAGUUCCGGGUCCUGCUCCUGUACUGCCCAAAAGAAUUAACCCACAUCCAUCGCACAUUGGAUUUGCACAUUUGCACAUCGGCCACUUUGGACCGACCACACCCACCACGCGCUUGACUCCCCACGCACAAUUCAUCUCUCGUGUCUUUCUGCACAAACUCCCGCAGACAAGGCACCCACGCAGUAUCCCUCCAGUCUGGUCUUACCUUUGGGUCUCGCUUGGAUUGACUUGUCCAGUCCAGGUUGUUGUCUCGCCCGCUCCUGGCAGGUUUUUAUCUAAUCUUUUCUAUUUACCUCAGAUUCUGGUCUGAUCCGAGACCACAAUCCAAUCCACACACCCCUCCCCGGGCCCCCGACUUUCCCAUUGAUCAUCUCUCUCCGCGGGGAAGAGACACACACACGCACACACACACAACCACACACACAACCACACACAUUCGCACACAGAGAAACAUUCCCCAAACGCGUUCAUCUGCAACCUGAACCUCUUUCUCUCCUCCCGCCGCCGCCCACCCCAGUGUGUCUCUGUCAACACCCUUUGCGCCUGUGCGCCUGUGCCUCUGUGCCUGUGGUCUGGACGCAACCGUAAAUCGCCCAUCCCGAACAAACAUUGGACGCCGCCGACCAUUUCGCCGCAACCUCGACCCAGACGCCUUGCGUCAUGCCCACGCCCAGGAACCCAUUGGCCCACCUCCACGCCCCGAUUCCUGACCCUCGUUCGUCUAGGUAUCGGUCUAUCCCCUAGUCGCCGCUACCGCUACCGCUGUCACUGGCACUCUCCGUCUUGCAGUUGCUGCUGCUGCCUCUGCCGGCCUUGAGCGACAUGGUUGACAUGGACGAUGCGACGAGGCUCAUCGGAGACCUGCAUCAGAAGCUAGCCGACCUCGACCACAAGGUUGCAGCCUACCGCCAAGACAUGGCCCUCGAGUUCCAUAGAUACUCCCACCAACUGCUCCAAAACAUCCCACAACACACCAAAGCCGAGGUUGCUCGUCAAGUUGCCGCUUCCUUCGACAACUACUCAGCUCUACGCCCUGCUCUCGGCCAGAGUCUCACAACUCACCUGCGAGAUACUGACCUGCCUGACUCACCGCCGCCGCCGCCGCCGCCGCCACCACCGUCUACCAACGAUACCGAAAACCCCGGCAACCCCCGCGAACCUCCGCCGCCAUCGUCCACCUCUACGUCCGCAUCCACGUCCACGCCCCCAUCCGUCCUUCCCCAUGCCGGCACCGCUGCCCUAACCUCCCCCGACAGCGUUUAUGACCGGGAAAGGGAUAGGGGUUUCCACGGUCUCUUCACCCCAAGCUAUCUGCCCCUGCUGGAUAGCUCACACGAGACUCCUGCUGCGGCAGCAAACCAGUCACCAAUCCUCUCGCCAGCUUUAAACUCUGCUGCUGCUACGCAAGACGACAUGGGUCGUCGCAAGUCCAGUCAAACUCGGGAGCAGCCUGCGAUCCAGGUGUCGGUCGCCGCAACCCAGACGCCUGAGAGGCCGAACCACGAACGCCGGGCGACUGAUGACACGACGUCUUCUGGAGCUUCGGAGCAGAGCGAGUCCAAGGUGCGCCGCAGCGCCUUGCGAAGAAGCUCGAGUGGGAUCAAGCCACCUGCCAGCCCUAGGCGAGUGCGCUUCGAGUUCGAAGGAGGAGAGGUGCUGCCUACAGCCUCGCCCCAGUCAUCGGAGCCGUCCCUUAUACAGUCGCACACCCUUGCCAAUUCGAGGUCACCGCCUCCACCAGAAGAUGAGUCAAUGAGUGUCGAAUCCUUGCUGGGCCCAGACGAGGACGAUAGCGGCCCGCCGCCAAAGAAAGUCUCUUCUUCACAAGCACUUCGCGCUCUUUCUCGAGCUCCCUUGGAUGCUAACACAGUUUGGACUGUUGUAAAUGCCGAAGCCCAGGAUAAGGAAAAUGGUAGUAUGGCAACAUCGGAUUCAGAAACGUCAUUGCAACCCAGCGACAGUAUUGGAACACUCCCGAAACCUCAAUCACCACCAAAAACCACAUUGGUCGAGCGCAAACGAACCCCAGAACCAUUGCGGCCUGCCUCUCCAGAGAGAGUCAGCCAGAGGGAUGAUGACGAGGACAGUGACGGCAGCUCUUCGGAUGACGGCUUCCUCGCCAUGGCAAAGCCAAAAUCCUUUGCCAACAAGAAAGCAAUUCUUUCACCGUUAUCACGCUCACCAACAAGAACGGCCACUGCGCCUUACAGCCCUACUCGAGACAAGUCAGGGUCGCACAACGAGGAUAAGUUGGUGACACAAAACGAUGGGCCGGACGACGACGACGACGAUGACAUGUUCCAUUUUGAAGGACUCAGCGCACCGCCAAAGCCCCGAGCUCGACCAGCUCCGAUACAGGAGGAGGAGGAAGAAGAGGAAGAGGAAGAUGAAGAAGCUGCGUCGAAUGGGCCAGUCACCCAGACCCUAUACUCGACCUCGCCUGCUGUCUCUAUCCCGAAGCCAGUUGAGCCAGCGAUUCCGGCACAUCUCAUUUCAGGCUCGGUUGGAUCUUUCAGAGGCCGCCCUGUUAUCAUGCCUGUUGUGAAGAACCCUGACGUAUACCAACAGGCAGCAUCGCUCGGCGAUGUCAGCAGCUUCAUCGGAGGACUAGACGGACGCAGCGGCGUUGACGAUGGGGAUCUCAGCAGUUACCGUGCCAGUGUCGGGCAGGCAUUGUUCUCGGGAACUCCUCGAAGUCUGACGGAACGAAUGAUGAUGGAGGAAGCACAGAGCCAGAGACGGGCAGCAGCGCAGCGACCUCAAUAAGGGUAACGCGUCACUGCGCUCCUUUUUCUCCGUUUAUGUAUAUGUUACGGGUAUGAGCCAAUUGUAGAGUUCCGGAAGUCUGUACAUAGACUAUGCUUCGGCGUUUAGAUGCAUCAUGGCUGGGCAACUAGGAGGAUGUGGCAUGCCGAGGCCUUUGGCAGGAUGGUUUGGAAGGUCUAGGCCGGUGGCACAGGCAUCAUUCGUACAUGGCAUACCCGCAUCAUGGUACCUAGUUUUUAAACCACAAAACAAACGCCUACGGGCUGUUGAAAAGAGACAGGAGGAUACAUUCGCACUGCUUGGUUUGAUGAAAU